AUGCUCGUUGUUCACCCGAGAGAAUUUGUGAACAUCUUUUCUUUGAAUCAUCACUGGAAUGCAUGCACCGGUCAAAAUGAAGUGUUUUGGGAACGACAAUUAUGUGGAUUGCUCUUUCUAUUCGUCCGUAAUGAACAAAAAGAGUGUACAAAGGAUCCAUCCAAAAGCAAACACAAGAAGAUUCUUCCUUCUAGUAAUGACAAUGACACAAGGCCACAAUUGCAUUGCAAUCACCUUCUUUUAUUUUACAACAAGUACUUUUUCAAUCGAAUGGAAAUGAAAAAUCUCUUACAUCGACAUCAAAUAUUUCGAAUGAUAUUCAAAGAGAUGCAUUCAAAAUUGUUGGAUUUUAUUGGAUCAAAAUCCAUGAUGACUGUGAAUACAAUCAUGAAUGAAGAGCGGUUGUUGGAUCACAGAGGUGAGAUAAUCGAUGAAAAUGACAUUUCUGUAAACAACAACAACAAUUCACAACCAAUAACACUCCUUUCGGAUCCUUUACACCAGGGCGACAAAGUUAAUGAAUUCAUUCACUCACAUUCGUUACAAAAUCCAAAAACAACUAUAACUUGUCUCAUCAAAUCCAUUUUUAUCUCUUGUUACAACAGUAUUAAGGCAAAAAAAAAUGGUCAACAUCUGAAGGAAGAAUUAGGCUUGGUGGCUUGGAAUGAUUUUAAUUGGAGAAGCACAGGAAUUUUCAAUUGCGAUUACUUUGAUAGUUUCAGUGAAAUUGAUUAUCACUUGACCGUUGUUGGGAAUGACUCUCUAGUAACCUCCAUUGCAAAGCAACAUUUGGAUCUCUAUUGGAAAUUACUCUUACAUUUGAAAGAAACCGAUGAACAAAAGAUUAUUCGUUUACAAAAACGUUUUCUAACCAAAUAUACCGAAAAGAAUGCCUCCAUCGUGAAAGAAAUGGUUACCAUCUUACGAGAAACCUCCAUUUCAUUUCAUGAAUGUGUCGUUCAGGAAAAACCUCAAACAGUGUCACAAUGUGUCGCACUUGAUUGUAUCUUUGAUUCUCUCAGCUGUCAAUUGAAAUUCUUAGGAAAGGAAAUGGCCAUUCGAGUGAUGAAAUAUCUUGUAGUAACAUUCAUGGUGGACUGUUUUUCACAUCCUGAUUUGUACAUUGCUGCGAGUGUCUUUCAAAGUUUGAAAAACUAUUUUGAGAAACAUCAGACGUACAAACAAAUAUUUGAACAAACAUUCGAGAUUCACUAUUCUAAAUUGAGAAGAUUGUCAAUCAAAGCAAAUGAUGAAAGAAGCAUCUUUUUAUUGGAAUUCAUGCUAAAUUCGUUACGAUUUUCAAGUAAUUUAUAUAGAUAUUUGAUCUAUAAUCACAACACAGCAUCCGAUGUCAUUCGACCUUACUAUUCGAGUUUGAGUGCUAAACCAACACUUUUUUAUAUUGAUGCCUUAGAUGGCGAAUAUGAAUAUCGAGCUAUCCUACUGCAAUGCAAAGACGUGUAUUUGAGACAUGGUAAAGAUGAAAAACAAUUUUGGAAAGAUGUAAAGAACGAUCUAAGACAACUUUGUGGAACAAGAAAUAUUGAAAAAUCAAAAUCAAUGUUCUAUGUUAAACAACUAUUUGAAUCUUUAAAGGAGGCUGACGUUGUGACAAAAUCAAACAUGAUCAUGGAAGCGAAGAAAUUGUUCUCUAGAGCAUGGGGAUUGGCAAAUUUAGAAGCCUCCAUUGAAUGGACCAAGUUCUUUGUAAAUGAGUUUAACAUCUCUCCAGUGAAAAUCACAUAUGAAUGGACCAGUUUUUCUCAUUAUUUCACAUCAGAGGAGAUUUAUGAAUCAUCAAAAAACUUUCCUGAAAUGGACAACAAGAAGAAGAAAAAAGGUUCAAAAGAAGACAUUGAAUUUAAAGAUUUGGAUGGAGAUUUUAUAUGUAAUAUGAACCCAAUUUGUGACUUUGUGUUGUGUUGCAGAGUGGAUGAUUUGAAAGCCAUGUUAAAAGAUCAAUUCUUAGCUCCUUAUCUGAAUGAUGUUGUAACUGUUCCAUUUCUUUAUGACACCAUUUAUCCAAGACCAGUCGUUGCAGGUGAUGAAUCCAUUGUGUAUUGUGUGAUCAAUUAUGAUGACAAACACAGACUAUAUUUAAAGAAAAUGAAAUUGAAGCAGCUCAUAUUGGAUCUCGUAGACAAGAAAGAACCAAAGAAUUAA